AAGGCGGCGGCAGCGGCGGCGGCGGCGGCGGCGGCAUCUGCAAGCCAAGGCCCAGGCAGGGCAUGGUGGCGCCGACGGCCUUGUAAGAGCGAAGUUACCGCGGGGCCCGCCAUGCGCCGGCGGCCCUGACAUGGGCGCCAGCGGCUCCAAAGCUCGGGGCCUGUGGCCCUUCACCUCGGCGGCGGGGGGCGGUGGCCCAGAGGCGGCGGUCGCUGAGCAAGCUUUGGUGCGACCGCGAGGCCGAGUCGUGCCCCCCUUCGUAUUCACGCGCCGCGGCUCCAUGUUCUAUGACGAGGAUGGGGAUCUGGCUCACGAAUUCUAUGAGGAGACAAUCGUCACCAAGAACGGGCAGAAGCGGGCCAAGCUGAGGCGGGUGCAUAAGAACCUGAUUCCUCAGGGCACCGUGAAGCUGGAUCCCCCCCGCAUCCACGUGGAUUUCCCUGUGAUCCUCUAUGAGGUGUGAGCCUGGGGGGUGGCAGGCAUAAACACCCCCUGCCCCAGCAAGACACCCCCAGGCUCAAGGUGUGGCUUCCAUUGAGGAACCUAGGCUGGGGCCACAACAGUGAAUAAACUCCACUGGCCUGGAACCUUCAGCUGUGAGCAGGGCAGUCCUACAGUGCUGGUUGGGUGUUGGUUUGUAUGUGGACCAGAGGUGGCUGGAAGCUGGUGAGGGCUGAUGGCGGAGUUACCAGUCCACCUUUCCCAGCAGUCCCUACAAGGAGCAUGGCAGGGCACAUGCUGGUCAGGAAUGCCUGGUUCCUGUGCCCCUGCCUGGCCUGCAUUCUUCCAAGCUUGCCUAGGGCCCAGCCCUGCUAGAGGCUGCAGCACUUUACAAGCAAGGUCUGCCUUUUUCCAGCCCCAGGGCAAUGGGAGCUCUACAAAAGUAGGAACUUCCUUUCCCUCACUUCCUUUACCCUCUCGUUGGAGCAUUUCAGCCGUUUGCUACCUCGAUUCCUCCUGUGUUGGAUAGAGGCUGGGGGCAGAACAAGCCUGAUUUUUCCUGCCCACCUGCCCAUUUGUUCCCAGCCCCAGAUGGAUGAACAAUUUGCUGGCUGUUAAUAGGAAUAGGGACUGGUGUGGGAGGUUUCUCCCUCUACCCAGGGCUGGCCCGAUCCCUCCCCACUG